GAAACCAACUGUGCGGGAACACCUCACACCAUGACGAUGACUGAAAGUAGUAUUUGUUAAUACAUAAAGAUAGUGCUCGCGAUCCAAAAGGAUAAGGCACGACGCGAUCCCAGGUGGAGAAAACAUCAUCCAUAUCAGUUCUCUUCCUAUCAGCCGACCACGAUAGAUCCCGCGAGAUAGAUUAGGAUUUUUUCCGUUGCCUCGGCGCUAUGGACCCCUCUGAUAGGGACACGAGUGCGGAGGACACUAUAGUGAGCGGAAGCACGCCCCAUCAAGCGAAUCGGGAACAACCCCUGUCCUCGUCUUCACUUUCCCCGUGCACAAGAACGGCGGCAGCAUCCUCACCCUCGCCGUUUUUCUCGCUGCUGCCGCCCCGGCACCCACCCCCCAGAGCCAAGCCGAGACAGCCGGUGCCAGUCGUCACGGACCAAGUAGAAGAUGAGGCCACAACCGUGGCUUCGGCUGGUGGGGGCACAGACGGUAGCGCAGCUAAUCCAGAUCGGACGGCAAUCCAGGACCGGGAACGCCAAGAUCCGAAAGGGUCAACACGUUACGGGCAUAUUCCUGUUGCUGCUGUCGGCAGCUUUGGCAACAAGAGUACCAUCCACAACGAGUACCUCCCAGAAGCAGCGCAAAGCAAGGCAUCGAAUCGGACGGCAAUCCAUGGCCCGAACGGCCAAGAUCCGAACCAAUCUACCUACCACGCAGGCACUCCUGUCCCCGCCGCCGAAAGGUCUAUCAGCAGCAACAAGAAGAAUACUAUCCAGAACGAAUACCAUCGCGAAGCAGCGCAACCGAAGGCGACUAAUCAGAAUUCAUAUAAGGACCCGAGCAGCCAAAUUCCGAAAGAGCCUCCCCAACACGCACAGGGGGAUGCGAGAUCGACAGAUGCAGAUGUAGUCGGUGCUGACCACAAUAACAGCCACGACGAGAAACAGCACGGCAAUAGCGAGAACGUCGUUGCUUGCAAUAAUACCGACGCGAAACAACAGCCGCAGAACGACCCACCCCGACACAACCGUAAGGUCAGUUGGGGUGGGAAAACAAUCGUGAUACCUCAAAACUAUGACGACAAUUUCGCGAACUCGAUACCGGCAUUGUUGUCAGAACAAGUCGUUGGCCACUACAAUAGCGACGAAACGAACAAGGAUAGCGACAGCAAGAAGGCUGUGAUCGCCAAGGCGGCAAUCGAUCUUGUCUCGACCAUCGAAGCGAAGAUGGCCCACGAGGGCAUGGAUGGUUUCGGCACGAUAACAACACCUAGGAUAAGCGAUUCGACGUCUGGAUCGGCAAUCAAGGUAGAAGACCUGGCCAAGCUCCACCCCAUCGAAAGCGAAGCAACCUAUGAAAUUAUCAAAGCGAUCGAAUCGCACGAACAGKAGCAACAACAGGAAGAUCACGGUGAGGAAGAACGCCACAUCGAAGCAAUCGCCAGCGUGUUCAGUGACACCGAGUCGAAACUGCUUGAACACGUCCCGGAAGGAGCAGAAGGGCUAUUCACAAACAAAACGAGGGAUUCGUCUCACCUUUCUUCUGUGGCUGGUAUUUCCACUAGCACGGCCAUGUCAGAAUCCAUCAUAAGCACCGCCAACAACACGAACGCGCACAUUCGACACGAUGGGUUGUCUCCGCCACGACACCGAUCUUACAGCAUCGGCAGCGCGGCGGAGAGUCACGCCGACGUCGAGGGUGCUAACAACCCGAGCAGCCACGGACGGACGCAUACACCGGCUAAUAUAGAUCCAACUAUCUCGUCCACGAUGAGAAGCCCUGCUCGGAGCCAUGCACGCCGACAACCCUACGAAUAUCGCCGAAAGCAACACCGCCGAAAAGAAACCAUGGAAGAAAAGCUCUUUUUUCUGAACCAGGCACUAGAUGCUACGAAUGGCUCGGGACACCACGAAAUAAAUAAAGAAAAAGAAGACGACAAAUCCUUCCCAACAGCGCACCACAGAGCUUCUACUUCGCUGGAUUUGUUCAACCAAAACCUAGCCCGUCUUUUCUCGGGUAUUGAUGUUAGCCCCGCUACCGAACAAGAACUUUUAAGCGAGCAAGAAACCGUUCCGCUCACGAACAAUGUCGUAGAUACGGAUGCACAAGUUCCCAUUCCCCCCGUUGAUUCGGGUCAUUUCUCCAGCACCAGUGAGGACGAGACCCUAGGCAAACCGGUCACAAAAGACGCAUCUAGUCGUGAUAUGACUUUGUCGCAGAAAGAAGCGGUGCCAUUUCAUCAUCAAGCGGCGGCUUCAAAUGAAGACGCAAAUACGUUGCAAAAAGAUUCAUUGCCGAACGAACCAGAUGCAAAAAUAUCGAAGGAAAAGCAUCCGUAUGAAACUUUUUAUGAUGAUAUCGAAUCAGGAACAUUUCGGUCGAACAGAAUAUCAUCGGGCAAUACGGACAAGAGGAAACGGUCCCAACUUGCCAGGUUCUUAAGGAAAAUUGGCUUGGUUAGGGACAUUGAAUUCUUUCUAAAGCCACGCACUUCCUCUUUUGUACUUUAUCUCCAAAAUCUCGCAUGGCUGAUGCUUUUCUCAGCGAUAACCGCUGUGGUACUCUUCUACGGUGUCGGAAAUCCCCCAAUUGAGUACCAGAGGGAUAGAGGACAGAAUCGCACGUGUAGUUAUUUUCC